AAAACCAGCAGCCUAACAAUAACUCCUUUUUCGUUCUCCUACCUAAUAUCAUGUCGUGGCUAAAGCGUCCGCCGCGGUAUGUCCACUUACAUGCAGUCUUUUGUUAGGCGUGCAAUACUAUUUUCUGAUGGUCCUCUUCUUUUUUGAAUGCCAGAUAUAUGAUGAUGGCUGAGGCUCCCUGGAAGAAACUCGAUGGAAAUGAGAAAAAUAUCAUCGAUAUCAGCGAAGUCGAUGGGUCCACAGAUUAUUCAAGACCGAUCCUAUACUUCAUUACACAAUCCGAGGACACCAAGAGACGAUCUGGCCUUUGCAGGGCAAGGCAGUGCACCACCCUCGCCUCUAUAUUCGAGUGCAGAUCAUGCGCACGAUACCUUCCCACAACCUCCCGCGAGAGCAGAGAUUAUUGCCGGCAAUAUGUCAUCUCCGGAGGGGCCACAUCCGACCGGCGAACUCCACGAAAAUUGGCUCGGAAACAAGUUGACCGCGUCGCAACGCAGAUCCAUCCUACAGAAGCACGGCAACGUGGCCAACCUCAUCCAAAAUGUGCUGGGGUUCCGGGUGGAAGUGGACACCCAAUAUGCCGUCCUCGGCGGAUACAGGAAAAGUGCUAUAGAAGCAUUUGCACGACUUCACGCGGCGCAAAAACGCGUGUAUUCGGAAGGCGGGUUCAAGGCGGAGAAGAAGAACCUCGAUCGGAUGUUUCAGCAGGCGGACGAAGAAUACAAAGUCCUGCAGAUGAUGGAGGAGAAGCAGCUUCAACGCGUCGAAGAGCUAGGUCGCAUCGAAUUCAAGCUGUCGGAGCGCGAACGCGCCGCUCAGAAUCUUCUGGAAGGGCUUCUUGCCGCCGAGGACGACUACGCACUAAUCUCAUCCAUUCUACUAAACGACGACAACUCCAAUAAAUCCGACCUAACGGAGUACGCCGAACCCGACCCGCAGUUGGUCCUUGACUUCUACGAUCGAUCCGGUGAUAUUGGCAUCUAUCGAGAUCGGCUGCAUAACCUCGACUACGAGCAUCUCCGCGAAAAGGGGUUACGACACGCUCGGAGCAGCCGUGGUGAGCCGGUCGACCCUCUCGAUGAUCUAUUCUUCGAGGAAUAUUUCCGCGACAGGAGAGAGAUAGUGCUGGAUCUCACUGCAAAGAGAGAGGGUACCAGUUAGACGGGGGGUCGAGCGUGUCCGAGGGAUCCAGUCCGCUGGAUCAGUCGAGGCGGGACCAUGGGCCUCAACGGUAUAAAUAUGCCAUGUUCCACGAUGGACCGUACAGCGGAGUGUACCCUCUAGAAGCCCUAUUAUUCGGCCCUGUCAACAAGCAAAAGAUCAUCGAAGCUUGGCUGCGUGGUGUCCGCGUAUCCGCUCGACCUCAGGCCCUUCGACAUCACAUCCGACGUAGUACCUCCCCUCGCGAGAACUCGGGAACCGACCUACGGAAAGUCGAGUCGGCGGAGGACGAUCGAUUGGACUCGAAGU